UUUGUGAUGAAUCGAGGUUAUUUCUCUCUCUUUCUCUACUUUUUUUUUGCAGGUUUGUUAUUCUAGGUUUGGUAACCGACCGAUACCGCAGCUACCCACGGUGACCGGCACCUCCGGUAACCGUCUUUGUGCGGUGCGCCGUUGGUUUGGAUUUUGACUAAACCGCAGGUAGUCCGCCGGUAAACGGUUUCUUUGUUUCGGUGCGGACACCCCUACCUCCUGAUGUAGACAAGUGCAGCAGCUAGCUGCAAGAAGAUUCACCAACAGCUCCCCCGUGAAGAGAAAAGAAGCCAAACCAUGACUUGCAGCACAUGGUUUCGGCACCAUGAUUUCUUCCUCUUUUCCAUCUUGCUUUCGGCUGCCCAUAGAGCCAAGGGAACCCAAUAUCCAAUGCAAUUUUAUCAAUAAAAGACAACCACCGAAAGCACUUGUGAAGCCAACAAAGUCAAGACGUGUAUUGAAGAGAUGGAGACUGGGUGGUCAUCAGGUGGUGAGGCCUCACAGUCACAGGCACAGCCAACAGAAUCAAUGUAUCUUGACCAGACGUCCAACAGGUGCUUUCUGGUGUAUGCAAAGGCUCUUGAUAUCACUUGGUCUGGAGACCCUCGUUACUGGCGCUGGGUGCAAGAAACCAGUGAUGGCCCUACUGAAGCUGCUGAACUGUUAGAGGUAUGUUGGCUAGAAGUGCGUGGAAAACUUAAGACCACAAAGCUGUCACCAGGAAUUCGGUAUGAAGUUGUAUUUGUGGUCAAGCUGCAAGCUAAAGCUUAUGGAUGGGAUGUUCCAGUGAAUCUCAAACUCACUGUCCCACAUGCUUCAGAGAAUCGAUGGAGUAAAGUUAAUUUGACGGAUAAGGCAAGAGAGCAAUGGAUAGAGAUUCCGGUUGGCGACUUUAUUGCAUCACCCGAAAAACCUGGGGACGUCGAGUUUUCAUUGUACGAAUAUGAUGGGAGAUGGAAGAGCGGACUUGUUAUCAAAGGUGUUGUCGUUCGGCCAAAUUACUAAUAACUUGGCAUAUGAGCAGAGAAAUGAUGUUCUGGUUUUUUCAUUUCAACGCAGAAAUGAGAGAACUGCAUAUGUAAUAAAUGAUAGCAUAUGGUUGUUAAUUAGCAAGAGCCUUCUGUUGGCGCAGUUUUAAAAACCUUCUAU